UUUGCCAACUAUGGACGCUCUAAAGUCAGCCGGCCGGGCGUUGAUUCGGAGCCCCAGUAUUAGCAGGCACAGCUGGGGGAUGGCCAGACACCAGAAGCUGCCAGAAAACUGGACUGAUACAAAAGAAUCCUUACAGGAAGGAAUGGUCUUUCACCUUAAGUACCUUGGGGUAACCGUAGUGGACCAGCCGAAAGGGGAGGGGAUGGCAGCUGCAGCCAUUCGACGGAUAAUUACUGUGGCAAAAGCAAGUGGAAAGAAAUUCCUCAAAGUUACCCUAAUUGUUUCACCUCGGGGGAUAAUGUUACAAGAUACUACAACCAAUGAACUUAUAGAAAACGUCUCUAUUUACAGAAUAUCAUACUGCACUGCAGACAAGACUCAGGACAAGGUCUUUGCAUACAUUGCACAGAGUCAGCUAAAUGAGACAUUGGAAUGCCAUGCAUUUCUUUGUCCGAAGAAAAAAAUCGCACAAGCUGUAACCUUAACCGUUGCACAGGCCUUCAGAAUUGCAUUUGAUCUGUGGGAAGUGGCGCAAGAGGAAAAAUGUAAAAAGACACAUGAGCUGUGCAAAAGCCCUGAAACUGCAGCCUUUAAUGGAGCAACAGGACAUAUAGAGAAAGAUACAACUACAGCAAAGGAUCACAAAGUAAGCAGAGUCCAGAAUCCAAUUAUCUCUCCAACUGAUGUCAAUCUAGGUAUCGUGAAGCAAAACAGUCCAUCGUGUGGAUCCCCUUUACAUGCACUUUCUUGGGAAGAGGACGAUGGUCUUGAUGAUGCUUUCUCAAGCAUUGUGGAUGGAAUUGAGCCAAUCACAGAUUUGCGGAAUCACGAACAAACAUACGGUGCAAGAAUGUCUCAGUAGAUCUUCAGGACUCUUGAGUAGGAGAGGCCCUCCUACGAUUGCAGAGUAAGCAAAGUACGCCCAUGACCUCCAGUCUCAAAGAAGUCUUAUCACCACGCCAUUUGUUAAGGCAAAGCUGCCUCUUGUUCAUUGAUUGAGAUGCCAGUUUAAUUGCAGUAACUUUGGCUUGGUUUUGGAACAUGCUGAAAGAAGAGAACUGGAGCGAAUGUGCUGCAUGUCUUUGGCUAAUACCUGCUUGAAAUCAACAUUUCCUCUAAUUUGUGUUAACAACAAUGAAGAAGAUUUGUUUUUAUAAGACUUGAGCUAUGAUUUUCAAAGGCACAGUUGUUUCCAUUUAAUUUUUGGAUCUGUUUUAUAUUAAUUGACAGAAAUUGCUUGAUGUUGGAGUUGUAGACUAAUCAUAGCAUUGUUUGACAGGACUAGCAGGAAAUUCGUUGGUCGUGGUCAUGUUGUUUCUGAGCAAUUCCACGUUCUUAUAAAAUUGGGGGGAUUUUACCAAACCAUUGACAACCUAUCGCACAUUCGGCUGUCUCUUAUAGAUUAUCCAAUGGCAGGCAGGAGAGCAGGUAAAUCUUUAAUUUCAUUGCCUGCCUGCCCACCAUCCUUGGCCCAUGGCCCAAUUGGGGCCUUAAGUGACUAAAUUCCAUUUAAGGGCCUCAACCUGUUGCCACAAAGAUUUAAAGGCAGCCUAGGCCUGCUGCAAACAUGUAGCCUGCCUUGUUUAACCCUGAAGGCAGCUGGUCAAUGACAAGUAGUGGGUGAUUGCCUCAUUCCCAGACCAUGCUUUUUGUCUCCCCAUGUUCACCUAUCCCCAUGCCCUGUCCUAAAAAGCAUCCCUGCCAUCUUUGGGAGGGCCUAUCAACCAUAGCAAGAUCCUGUAAUUAGCUGAAUGUGGGGGUAUUCCUGGUUUGAUUUUGUCAGGCCUUCUAUGGCACUGGUAGUUGCCACCAAUCCUGGUGUGGCACAGAGCUGCUGGACUCCAUUUGAGGACAGGUGGAAGUCCUGACUCAUACUAAUUAAGGACUAUAUCUCAAAUAAAAAUUAAAGUUGAGUGAGAUAGCUAAUUGGAGCAAAGCUGAACUUGAGAACUUGGCCGACUUUCAGCACCUAAUACAGAUCAGUCAAUGCAAAGAAUAAAUUCCAAUGGAGUUGUAAGAUAUACAUUUGAUGACACCACAAUAAGGGAUAGUUUGAACUUUAACAAGAUAGUUACUGCUAGUAUCAUUGGCAAUAAAUCUACUACCUCCUAACAUACUGAAAACGAGCCAUUACAACUAAUACAUACAAGCGUAUGUAAGGAAUGCCUAUAUAAUACAAAGCUAUUAGUUGGCAAUUAUAUCAAGGUCUGCUCCAAAAGAUCCCAGCCUUUCUUACUACUUGAAUUUUUAAUCUACAAGUUGUGGUUACACACUUCUGAUAAAUUUAAUCCUCCAGAAAGCUUGAGAAUUGGGAAAAGUUAGUUAUUUAUUAUGGCAGAAAUAAGAUAGAACAUAGAACAUAGAACAUUACAGCACAGUAGGCCCUUCAGGCCUCGAUGUUGUGCCAACCUGUGGAACCAAUCUGAAGCCCUUCUAUCCAACGCUACUCCAUUUUCCAUCCAUAUGUUUAUCCAAUGACCAUUUAAAUGCCCUUAAAGUUGGCAAGACUACUUCUGUUCCAGGCAGUGUGU